CUUGGCAGAAAAUCGUCCCACUCAUGUCACUGCCCCAGCUAGCUUCAUUGGUGACAAACUCUCCUCAUACUGCCAAAAUUUAGUAAUGGUGGUACAGGCCAGAAGUAGACCCGCUGCAUACGGUGGCCAUAGACCUGUCAUAAUGAAUGGAAAUGGUAUGAAACUCUUCUUCAAUGAAACAAAUUUUGAGGCCUCAGCAGUUGGACCACGUACUUUUACAGUACAGUUUCACGAGGCAUUCUGGGUGAAGGAAGACCUACAAAGACCAACUGCCUUUGAGUUCUAUGGAAUUCUGGCUGACUUGCAGAGUUUAGAAGUUCAGACAAACUUUGGUGGAGACAUUGUAGACAUCUUGGAUAUCUCCAUGGUAACUGCAUCUCCAGGGGCCAAUGGCACCUAUAUUGGUUCAGUGGAAAACUGUACAUGUAUCUCAGAUAGACAUGUAGAAGGUCCCUCGUGUGAAGAAUGUGGAAAUGGGUGUCGUCGUAGCACAAUCAAUGGAUCAUCCUAUGAGACAUGUAAACCAUGUGAAUGUAACAACCAUGGAGAGACAUCUCCUGCCGAAUGCCUUCCCGACUCAGGCAUAUGUACAAACUGUUGCAAUGGAACUGUCGGGGACUUCUGCGAGAAUCCUGCCCCAAAUGUUGUCCUAGCUGACCAAUGUGAAGCAAUAAGUUGUCAGUUGGAAUAUUGGGGGCUGUCAAAAGAUGGUUGCCAGCCAUGUAAUUGUCAUCAAGUAGGGGCAUUGGACAACUUGUGUGACAGAGCCACUGGACAGUGCAACUGUAAGCCACAUGUUAUCGGUGACAAGUGUGACAAGUGCGAAGAUAACUAUGCCAAUCUAACUGAAACUGGGUGUAAAGAAUGUGAUACUUGCUACAAAUUGAUAACAAUUGAGGUUGACGAUUUACGUGAAAUGCGUGACAAUUUAACAUCAUAUGUGGAAUAUCUACGUACCAAUGACAAUAACACAGAGCUAGGGCCAUUCACAAUGAGGUUGAACAACACAGUGAACAGUAUGGAGAGGCUCUUGUUAUAUUUAGAGGAGGCCAGUACAGUAGGUGACCAGGUCAGCGCAACUGUGCAGCUACUGAACACAAGUCUACAAGCAAUGACAUCAACUCUUGAUGGUUAUGUCACAAACAAUACGCAGGCAGCCAAUCAGAGCACUAUCACAGCUCAGGAUAAUCUAGACCAGGGAAACAAAGCAAUGGAAAACAUUGACAGUAUGUUGAAAGAAUCAUACUCUUAUCUGAAUGGUGACAUAGCAACUCAGAUUACUCUGAUAGAACAGUUAGUUCCUGCACUGAAAGAAGUGGAAACUUUCAUACAGAACCAGGCCAGGGAUACCCUAGAUAACAUAGCACAGAGUGAGGCACUUGUACAAGAAAUUGAGACCAAUGUCACCAACCUACAGAAUAUAUCUCAAAUAUCACAACAGGGCAUGAUAGAUGCUAUGGGAAUACACCAAACCAACACAUUGAAAGUCACAGAAAUCUCCCAGCUGGUCAAUUUGGUAGAUUCAUAUGGUACAUCAGCUGCGAGUGUUGCAAACUUUGCCACACUCAACACAAGUAUUUCUUACUCGGAGGCAACAAGAGUGCAGCAGGAAGUCCUUCAGGCGCCACCUAUAGAAGCUGAUCUGGCAGGGUUACAAGAGAAAGCGGGAGAGCUGCAAGCUCAAGGGAUGUCCUUGAAUGAUAAGGCUAAUGGUGCUUUAGAAGACAACCAGACAACCAUAGCUGCUAUGGAGGCAGCCAAGUUACGUACUGCAGAGCUAACCAGUCUCGUUAACGAUGUCUCUAGCCAAUCACAGACCCUCCUCAAUCGCUCCCUCGUGGCCAAUCAGGAGGCUCUGGCCGCUAAGGCAUUAGAGGAGAAGACGUUCAUCGAGGCUGCUGACAUGUUAGAAAUCAUGCAGCAGUUCUCUGAUAAGGCAGCUGCUGUUAAGCAGGCAGCUGAUGCUGCCCUGGCGAAUGUAGCAGAAGUUACCUCUCUCAGUGAGCAAGCCAUCUCAACAGCCAAUGAACUAAAAGCUAACCUCACACCAGCCUUACAGAAUUCUCAAGAAGCUCAACAACUGGGAGAUGAAGCAUUGGCUCUUGCCACUUCAAAACAGCAGGCUCUGUUCCCAGUGGUAGAGACAGCAAACCAGUUAUGGAAUACCUCAAAUGCAACACUGAAUAACCUCCAAGAAAGGAUAGACAACCUGACAACCAGCAACACAACCCAGGUGGAGCCCUCUAGGGGAGAAUGUAACAACCUAAAACCAGAGGUCACUCUCCUUAAAGACAAAACAGACGCUGCUGGUAUUUCAGUGCACAAUGCUUCCAAAGCAACCAAUCAAACUAAAACCCAACUUGACUCCAUCAAAGCAGAUUUGGAUAAUAUUCGGACGUUAGACCCAGCUGAGAUUCAAGUGCUUAGAGAUAGAGUACUCGCAGCGAGAACUGAUUUUGAUAGUCGUAGUUUGGCGGAUGCUGUGAGAAGCUUACAGGCUGUGUAUCAGGAACAGCGUGAUUGGUUGGAUGCAUUGCAUAAGAAGAAAGAUGCAAUGAAUCAAGAGAUCCAAACGUUAAAGAGACUUCGAGAUCAACUGAAGAAUCCUUGAUUAGGUAAUACAGUAUUCUAGUGGUGCAAUCAUGUAGUCACAGAGUUGCGUCAUUCACACAGUGAGAGCCUCGAAUAAUCAUGUCUACUCCAGGGUCAUUAAUUACACCUUAAGCAAUAUUUAAAUUUAAAUGUUAAUGUUUAGAAAAUGGAUUCAGAGACAUCCAGUUUUUGAAACUUCAACUUUUUGUCUCAUUUCUUCAUACUAAAUUCAAGAUUGCUUUUUCUUGAUGAAUUGCACCAUUAAUACAGGAUGAGCCAAAAAGGGUAACCCAAACAAAUAUAUGUUAAUAACUCAGCAAUCUAGCAUAAGCUUAAAAUUAUAUUUGGCACAAUUAAACCUUAUUCAAUGUCUUUCCUUCAUUAGUCUAUCUUCAAAUGGUCUGGAUUACAUGGCCAUUUACAAAACAUGCUCCAAAU